AUGGCGGCCGGGGCGGCCGCGGCGGCGGCGGAGGGGAUGGAGCCGCGGGCGCUGCAGUACGAGCAGACCCUGAUGUAUGGCCGCUACACUCAGGACCUUGGGGCUUUUGCCAAAGAGGAGGCUGCCCGGAUCCGCCUGGCAGGGCCCGAGCCCUGGAGGAGCCCGCUGUCCCCUCCGGCUCCCCUCGAGCUUCUUGAAUACGGACAGAGCCGCUGCGCCCGGUGCCGCAUCUGUUCUGUCCGCUGCCAUAAGUUCCUGGUGUCCAGGGUUGGUGAAGACUGGAUCUUCCUGGUCCUGCUGGGGCUCGUCAUGGCGCUGGUCAGCUGGGCCAUGGACUAUGCCAUCGCCGCGUGUCUGCAGGCUCAGCAGUGGAUGUCACGAGGCUUGCACACCAGCCUCUUGCUCCAGUACCUGGCCUGGGUCACCUAUCCUGUCGUCCUCAUCACCUUCUCCGCCGGAUUUACCCAGAUCCUGGCUCCGCAGGCUGUCGGGUCCGGCAUCCCCGAAAUGAAGACCAUCCUGCGGGGCGUGGUGCUAAAGGAAUACCUCACCCUCAAGACCUUCGUGGCGAAGGUCAUCGGGCUGACCUGUGCUCUGGGCAGCGGGAUGCCCCUCGGCAAGGAGGGCCCUUUCGUACACAUCGCAAGCAUGUGUGCUGCGCUGCUCAGCAAGUUCCUCUCCCUCUUCGGGGGCAUCUAUGAGAAUGAAUCCCGGAACACGGAGAUGCUGGCCGCUGCCUGUGCUGUGGGAGUGGGCUGCUGCUUUGCAGCACCCAUCGGAGGGGUCUUGUUCAGCAUCGAGGUCACCUCCACCUUCUUCGCGGUGCGCAACUACUGGCGGGGCUUCUUUGCCGCCACCUUCAGUGCCUUCAUCUUCCGGGUCUUGGCCGUCUGGAACCGAGAUGAAGAGACUAUCACUGCUCUCUUCAAAACCCGGUUCCGCCUCGACUUCCCCUUUGACCUCCAGGAGCUGCCGGCCUUUGCUGUCAUUGGGAUCGCCAGUGGCUUCGGGGGGGCGCUCUUUGUCUACCUGAACCGGAAGAUCGUGCAGGUGAUGCGGAAGCAGAAAACCCUCAACCGCUUCCUCAUGAAAAAGCGCCUGCUCUUCCCGGCUCUCGUGACUCUGCUCAUCUCCACGCUGACCUUCCCCCCUGGCUUGGGACAGUUCAUGGCCGGACAGCUGUCACAGAAGGAGACGCUGUUCACCCUGUUUGACAACCGGACGUGGGUCCGCCAGGGCCUGGUGGAGGAGUUGGAGCCGCCCGGGACUGCACAGGCCUGGAGCCCUCCGCGUGCCAAUGUCUUCCUCACGCUGGUCAUCUUCAUUCUCAUGAAGUUCUGGAUGUCUGCACUGGCCACCACCAUCCCAGUUCCCUGUGGGGCCUUCAUGCCUGUCUUUGUCAUUGGAGCGGCAUUUGGGCGUCUGGUGGGCGAAAGCAUGGCCGCCUGGUUCCCGGAUGGGAUUCACACGGACAGCAGCACCUACCGGAUUGUGCCUGGGGGCUAUGCCGUGGUGGGAGCGGCUGCACUGGCCGGAGCGGUGACACACACGGUGUCCACGGCGGUGAUUGUGUUUGAGCUCACGGGCCAGAUUGCCCACAUCCUGCCCGUCAUGAUCGCCGUCAUCCUGGCCAACGCGGUCGCCCAGAGCCUACAGCCCUCGCUCUACGACAGCAUCAUCCGAAUCAAGAAGCUGCCUUAUCUGCCUGAGCUGGGCUGGGGCCGCCACCAGCAGUACCGGGUGCGAGUGGAGGACAUCAUGGUGCGAGAUGUCCCCCACGUGGCCCUCAGCUGCACCUUCCGGGACCUGCGGCUGGCGCUGCGCAGGACCAAGGGCCGCAUGCUCGCCCUGGUUGAGUCCUCUGAGUCCAUGAUCCUCCUGGGCUCCAUCGAGCGCUCCCAGGUGGUGGCGCUGCUGGGGGCCCAGCUGAGCCCUGCCCGCCGGCGGCAGCACAUGCAGGAGCGCAGAGCUGCCCAGACCCCUCCGCCGCCCCUUGACCAGGAGAGUCCCUCCAGCCCCGAGAGCUCGGUCCGCUUCCAGGUGAGCACAGAGGACGCGGGCUUCCCGGCAGCCCGGGGGGACACUCACAAGCCUCUGAAGCCCGCUCUCAAGAGGGCGUCCAGCAACUCCAUGAGCCUCAGGGAGAGCCCCUCAGGGAACGUGGAGCAGGCUGGCAUCGCCCUCAGGAGCCUCUUCUGUGGCAGUCCACCCCCCGAGGGCGCUCCAGAGCUGGAGAAGUCGGAAUCAUGUGAGAAGCGCAAGCUGAAGCGGGUCCGAAUUUCCCUGGCAAGCGACUCAGACCUGGAAAGUGAAAUGACCCCUGCAGAGGUUCUGGAGUGGGAGGAGCAGCAACUAGACGAACCGGUCAAUUUCAGUGACUGCAAAAUCGACCCUGCCCCCUUCCAGCUGGUGGAGCGGACCUCGUUGCACAAGACUCACACCAUCUUCUCGCUCCUGGGAGUGGACCACGCUUACGUUACCAGUAUUGGCAGGCUCAUCGGGAUCGUUACCCUCAAGGAGCUCCGGAAGGCAAUCGAGGGCUCGGUCACGGCACAGGGCGUCAAAGUCCGGCCGCCCCUCGCCAGCUUCCGUGACAGCGUCACCAGCAGCAGCGACACGGAGACGACGGAGGUGCACGCGCUCUGGGGGCCGCGCUCCCGCCACAGCCUCCCCGGGGAGGGCAGCCCUUCCGACAGCGACGACAAGUGCCAGUGA